AUGAAGCGUGGUGUCAACGGGAAGAACAGUGCUACCAUGCUUCCACAGAGCGGUGAUUCUGCCUUGCUCCAGACGCCUCCACCGUCAAGUCCCGAGAGAGAUGGGCCCCCUCGAAAACUCCGCCGACAAGGCUCAAAGCUCAUGACAGCGUUACGCUCCAUGACAAACAGUGCAUCCGGCUCUUUCCGGGACAGGAGUAGUCUUGAUUUGUCGCCAGCCCUAUUAGAAGUAGCAGAAGACCCUCCAGACCGUCGACCAGUGACCAAGAGGUUUUCUUUCUCGGCCCUUCGAGCGCCCUUUAGUCCUGCUCAUACUGUGGUCCAUCGGAACCAGAAGUCAAGGCCGUCACUUCGAUCCCUUGAUCAGGGCCCCAAGGAAUCACCACCUCCCAGCAUUGUCAACGUCAAGUAUCAGGAAUCAUCCACCUCCAACAGCAACAGCAAUACAAACUCAAGUGGCAAGUUUUCGGGGCCAACUAGUGAUGGCAAUACCACCACCAACAACACCACCGCCAAGACUUCAGUGGAUUCCAAGUUUUCCAAAUCGAGCACCAAGACCAACUCCGGCGACAAGAAGCUCAAGCCAGUCUCUAGCGUCAUUCGACGCAAGAAGGAGCCUGAGCUAGACUCCAGGGCAGAUUCGUCCUUAGAACCGAUUGUUGAAACUGCGCUGGACCAGCUAGCUCCCACCAUCAAGACGGUUGAGAAGACUGCCGCCGCGAAGAUCUAUCUCGAGACUUACUUCCACGAGAUUCUGUCAAAACCCAGUCCCAGAUCGAUGCGUCUACAGUACCUCGAGUCGGAGCUCUACCGCAGCGAACUUACGCCACAGGAGCGCUGCGCCAAGCGCGAGGCAUUCUACAAGCAAGAGUCUGACCACCUUCGAGAGAGUCGGGUGCUGAAGUCCAAGAGCUUUGGGCCAACUUUGCAAGGUUUGCCCGGUAAGCUAGCCAAUGGGUAUGAAGUGCUGAAGAUCCUGGGCAAAGGAAGCUUUGGUGUCGUCCGACUGGUACGGGAGAAGGGUCCGGAUGGCCUCGAAUCUGUGUCCCAGAGGCGAAAAGUCUACGCCAUGAAGGUGAUUCGCAAGUCUGCAAUGCUUCAGACGAGCCAAGAAGGACACUUGAGAGCGGAGAGGGACUUCCUGGUCUCGUCUGAUGGAUCAAGAUGGAUCGUACCCUUGAUUGCAAGUUUCCAAGAUCCAGCCAACUUGUACCUUGUCAUGGAGUAUAUGCCCGGUGGGGAUUUCCUCGGCCUCCUCAUCCGAGAGAAUAUUCUUAGCGAGCCGGUGGCAAAAUUCUACAUCGCGGAGAUGAUAUUGUGCAUUGAAGAAGCGCACUCACUGCGGUGCAUUCACCGCGAUAUCAAGCCCGACAAUUUCCUGGUAUCUGCUUCAGGUCAUUUGAAAAUAUCUGAUUUUGGCCUCGCCUUUGACGGGCAUUGGUCCCACGAUACCAGCUACUACCACACCCACCGGUAUAGCCUGAUCGAGAAGCUUGGGCUCUCCAUCGAGGGCGAUGCAAUGGAUCGACGGGAUGGUAACAGUGGCAUGAUGAGGUGGACACACAGCAUGAACAUGGCUAUGCGCAAACACGACCGCCCAGAGCUCCAGAGUAGGUCUGGGGCUCAUCACCAGGAACCACUACUGAACUGGCGUAAUCGUUGCGGCAACCGUACAGCUGCCCGUUCCGUCGUUGGCACCAGCCAGUAUAUGGCCCCCGAAGUCAUCCGCGAGGGUGUCUACGACGCCAGAUGCGACUAG